CCAAAAGAUGUGCAACCGCAACUUCAUUCCCCAGAAUGUCCGCAGUCACAUACUUCCCUCUAAAAACACGGAACAAGUAGUUUUGGUACCGACGACGUGUUUUUAUUUACAGCUCAGAAACACCCAGAUUUGUGUUUUAAACAGUGAGCGCGAUGGCGGACGACGCGACUCGGAGGGCGGUGUCGGAGAUCCCGCUGCUCAAGACCAACUCCGGUCCCCGGGACAAGGAGCUCUGGGUGCAGCGGCUCCGAGAGGAGUACCUGGCCCUCAUCAAGUAUGUGGAGAACAACAAGACAGCAGACAACGACUGGUUCCGCCUGGAGUCCAACAAGGAGGGAACCAGGUGGUUUGGGAAGUGCUGGUACAUUCAUGACCUUCUGAAGUAUGAGUUCGACAUGGAGUUUGAUAUUCCUGUAACGUACCCGUCCACCGCCCCUGAGGUCGCCAUGCCAGAGCUGGACGGGAAAACGGCCAAAAUGUACAGGGGGGGGAAGAUUUGUCUGACGGACCACUUCAAACCCCUGUGGGCGCGAAACGUACCGAAGUUUGGAUUGGCUCACCUGAUGGCCCUGGGGUUGGGUCCGUGGUUGGCGGUGGAGAUUCCAGACCUGAUCUCUAAAGGACUGAUCACACACAGAGAGCAGCAGGGAAGCUGAGACCCCCCUUCCCUCUUUGGGAACAUGUUUACUGGUGUGGUCCCAGUGAAGGUGAUGCUGCUGUUUGUUCUGAGACCCAGAAAACAGACUAAUGAUGUGGCUACCGACAUGUGACCACUCACUCUUCUGUUGCUUUCAAAGGCAAUGUUCCUGCACAUUCAAGUUAAACUCUGCAGUUGUCGGCUCAAUCAGAAAUGACCUUUUAAAUGCCUAGAUUCAUCUAGAAAACAGGAUAACACCAUGUUGGAUUGAAUCUCAGCCUAGAUUCCACUAGAAAACGGGUGUUUUACGAUAUUUAGUCACAUGGCUGAGAAGCAAACUUCAGUGUUUGAGUUGACAGAAUGUUGCUCCUGUGUCUCCUGUAAUAAAACAUGUCUGAUACCUGU